AUGCCUCCAAAGUCGAACAAGCCUCUACUGUUAUAUCUAUCGGCUGCUCACGAGUCUUUAGGAUGCAUGCUCGCCCAGGAGGACGAAGGAGUCGAAAGAGCGGUUUACUAUGAGUCAACGUUUGACCGAUACAGAAAUCGCUACACCGACAUAGAGAAAAUAUGUCUCUGCUUGUACUUCACCUGCUGCAAACUCCGGUAUAACAUGUUGUCGGUGGUAGUAUAUGUCAUGUCUCAAACCGAUAUCAUCAAAGCAGUAAAGGGACAAGUCUUAGCCGAUUUUUUGUCAGACCAUCCCUAUAUCACCUUGGAGGAGGAGAAGGUGAACUAUGUAGAUGAAACUACUUGGAGAAUGUGGUUCGAUGGAUCUAGAACCAGCCAGGGGGCAGGGGCAGGAGUCCAUAUCAUAUCACCAUUAGAGGCGUUAUACAAGGUGUCUUUCACCCUGAACUUUGAAUGUACGAACAACCAAGCUGAGUACGAAGCUCUGACAUUCGGUUUAGAGAUAUUGGCCAAACUGGGGGCAACAACGAUUCAAGUAUGGGGAGAUUCCUUGUUGGUCAUCAAGCAAGUGAUAGGAGAGUUCAAGUGCGAAUCCGAGCUCUUAGUAAGGUUGGAAUAUACCGAGAGGCCUGACAAUUUUAUCGCCAAUGAUUUGGCUCAGCAUAGUAGCGGCUAUAUGGUUAACCUCCAAUUUGAUUCCUACGAAAGAGAAGCGUCGAAUCUCUAUACCGGGGGCAUCACCAUUGAAGAAAGGAAUUUUUUAUUGUAUCAGCUGGAUGUAACCCAAAAUUGGAGGACUGAAAUCCUCAAAUGGUUAGAGAAGCCAGAUUUGACAAAUAGAAGAUUAAGAACCUUGGCUUUGAAUUAUGUCGUCCUUGCGGGCGAGCUCUAUAAAAAAGGAUUUGAAGGCUUGUUGUUCAGAUGCAUCGGCCCAAAAGAAGCAAUAUUGACAAUGGCCGAGGUUCAUAAAGGGAUAACAGGCGCUCACCAGGCAGGGCCAAGAAUGAGAUGGUUGAUUCACAAGUAUGGGUUCUACUGGCCGAAGAUGGAGCAAGAUUGCAUCAGGUAUGCAAAAGGGUGUGAGGUUUGUCAGAAAUGCGGACCGAUACAGCAUGUACCUGUCGAACAACUUCAUUCCACCAUCAAGCCAUAG